AUGAACACCGGGCGCGCGGGCAAUCGGCUGCGGCCAUCAAUCACCUGCAAUGCGGCCCUUGCGCGCCGCUACUCGUCCAAGCCGCAACAUCGCGAUAUCGCAUCCAUAUUGGCACAGCCGACUUGGUCGGCCCGGUCUCUGCUUCCAAAGCAGGCUGAGAAACAAUCUACGGCCACUGUGACGCCGCAGAAGCUGCGUCAUCUCCUACGUCUUUCGGCUCUGCCUCAACCAUCCAGCCACGCGGAAGAGCAGUCGAUGCUACAGACCCUCGAAUCGCAAAUCCAUUUUGUUCAAGAAAUGCAGCGAGUGGAUACAACCGGAGUCGAGCCACUGCGUAGUAUUCGCGAUGAGAGCCCAGCUGCGGUGAAAGAAUCAACGCUAGGGCUUGACCAGCUCCGCGAUGCCUUUGCGCAGGAACAAGUGAGUGGGCGACGGAGGAAAGUUCAGCGAGUUCCCAAGACGAGAAUGGGUCACCCAGAGGCAGAUAUCUGGAAUGGGAAUGCCCUUGACUUUUCAAUGAAAAAGAAAGGCCCUUACUUUGUUGUUGAGACGAAGGGAAGUCAAUCGUCCUGA